GUAGGUCAUGUCACUCUCUUCCUCUCUCACCAUGCUGCAACAAACCCCCGAAACUUAAUCCGACGGUCAAUACUCUCCCUCACCGGAGGAGAUACACAUUACACCACACGCGCCCUCUUUCUCUCCCUCCCUCUCUCUCCUCUCCAUCAUCAUUCAUAAUUUCAUAAUAUAUAUAUAUAUAUCCAUACACACAGACAAAUGACGCCGUUUACGUCCAGGGUUUUAUGAAGUUAGGAUCAAGCGGUUGUAGACUUGUUGUGAUACAACUUUAAUUAGCUUCUAAAUCUCUCUUUGAAGGUUUUCGUUUGGAGAAGGAAGAACAAGCGUGUGAUCCAAACAGGUUUCGAAGAAAAAAAAAUUAACAAUAGAGUUGUGAAACUAUGUAUGCAGUUGUGAAGGUAAAGGAGAAAAUGUCUUCGAAUUCACCAUGUGCAGCUUGCAAGUUUUUGCGUCGUAAAUGCACACAAGAAUGCGUUUUCGCACCCUAUUUUCCACCGGAUCAGCCUCAGAAAUUCGCCAACGUACACAAAGUCUUCGGAGCAAGCAACGUCGCAAAAAUCCUCAACGAGCUCAGCGCCACCCAACGAGAAGACGCCGUUAACUCCUUGGCCUAUGAAGCCGACGCCCGCCUGCGUGAUCCGGUUUACGGCUGUGUCGGAUUAAUCUCGAUUCUUCAACACCGGCUACGACAAGUCCAGAUCGAUUUGGAAAACGCUAAACGGGAAUUAGCUAAUUACAUCGGACCUUCGGCUAUGCUUCCGAUUUUGAAUCAAGGGUUUAUUCAACAGUCGGCUUUACCUUACAACAUGCAGCCAGAGCCGGUUUUGGGGUUGACCGGACCGAGGAGUUUCCGGGAAGUUCAGCAGAUUCUUCAGGAUCAUCAGCAACAGAUUGGGGUAACUAACGGUGAGAGAGGACAUCCGGAGGUGAUAAGAAACUACGAUCAGCAGCGGUCGUCGGGUGAUCAUUUGGGAUUUUCCGGUGGGUUUGAUGCGGUUUCAGCAGCGUCUGGGCAGGUGAGCGGCGGCGAGUUCAGCCACAUGACCACCGCCGCAGCCAUGACGCCGUCUUUAUCACUUGGUGGCUCUUAUGAUAAUAAUAUAUAUCAGAUUCAACACCAGCCACAGCACAACCUUCACCGGCAACUGUUGCUCCACCGACAACCGCUGCCACCGCAAGGAGCCGAGUAACCGGCCGGGAAGGGAGAUGCUUUGGACGUUGUUGAUUUUUGUCGUACUGCCUUUCUCCACACAAUUUUCUGUUCUUAUUUAAUUUUAAAAUUGAUUUAGUUUAAUUAGUUAAAUUGCCUUUUUUACUCUUUAGCGUAUUUUAUUUUACUACAUUGUUUAAUUUAAUGUCUAUUACCCUGUUAGUUAA